AUGCAUGUUCACGAACCUACCGAUUGGUUCGUAUCGUACGAUUCCUGGCUUUAUAGUAUCGACUACUCUUUGUGGCUACAUCAGAAGGAUAUAGCGGUCUUGCGUGGAAAUAUCCGUACGAUGCGAAGCGCACUCCCUGUGAAUGCGAGAGCUUGCUCCCGCGAAGACAACGAUCAGACGUACCACGCCGGGAUGGACGACACAAUAGACCAGGAGAGUUCUCAGCUCAAUAGCUUUCUCAGCGAACUGACAGAGGCCUCUACAAGCAAUCGUGACGAGAUCACAGCGUAUGCUAUAGAGCGUCAGUGUUCUAUAGCCCGCGACGAAAACGCUCCUGGUACAGAUGUCCGAGCGAUGGGAGUAGAAGGUGCUACAGCAAACCCCCAACAAUUUGAGGCUACAAUACACAUGAGCCCGGUGAAAAGAAGUGGGUUGCCUAAGAGGGGCUUAGUGAAGCAGCGUGUUGGGCUGCGGAGGAGUCCAAGGCGCCGUAGACAGACGUAA